CAACCAGGGAACAAAUGAUGAGACUCGCGUGGUGCCUUUCAGGGUCAGCGGAUCCGCAAAGCAAACGGAGAGCGCAGCUGAUGAAGACUUUGACCGCUACGUGGAGGCUCUGGGUCUGGAUCUCUCCUCCCUCCGGAGGGCGGCGGCUGCCACGCGCUGGUUUGCCCGGGCCUCGCUCCCUUUCCCGGGCUGGCGGAGGAGCGCGGCGGGCGGCGUCGGUUUGCAGCAGAGGCAGGAGGGCCGCGGCUCCCGGCUUGGAGGAGCGAGCCGGUGAUCUGCGCCUGGAGCAAAGGGAAGCGGAGCCUGCCUGGAGGGAGCGGCCGGGCCGGGCCGGUUCUCCGCGCGCCCUAUGGGCACCUCCGGCAAAGUUAUAAAAUGCAAGGCUGCCGUUGCCUGGGAAGUGGAUAAACCACUCUCUAUUGAGGAGGUAGAGGUUGCACCUCCGAAAGCCCAUGAAGUUCGUGUUAAGAUAGUGGCCACAGGGAUCUGUCGGACAGAUGACUAUGUUCUGAAAGGUUCUUUUCCGAAUAUAGAUUACCCAGUUAUUCCUGGCCACGAAGGAGCUGGGAUUGUGGAGAGUAUUGGAGAAGGAGUGACAUGUGUGAAACCAGGAGAAAAAGUCAUCCCUCUGUGUCUUCCCCAAUGUGGGGAAUGCAGCUCCUGUUUGAAUCCUGACACCAACUGUUGCCUGAAGACACACCUCUAUGAAUCCCAGAACCUCAUGCCGGACAAGACCAGCAGAUUCACCUGCAAAGGGAAACCAAUUCACCAUUUCCUGUGGAUCAGCACCUUCUCAGAAUACACAGUUAUGCCUGAUUCUGCCAUUGCAAGAAUUGAUGAUGAUGCUCCUCUGGAUAAAGUCUGUCUGUUUGGCUGUGGAUUUUCCACUGGUUAUGGUGCUGCCAUCAAUACUGCCAAGGUUAAACCUGGUUCAACUUGUGCCAUCUUUGGUUUGGGAGGAGUUGGCCUCUCUGUUGUUAUUGGCUGUAAAUCAGCUGGUGCUUCCCGGAUCAUUGGGAUCGACAUCAACAAAGAUAAAUUUACCAAGGCUAGAGAGUUAGGAGCCACUGACUGCAUCAACCCUCAGGACUUCCUGAAACCUAUUCAGGAGGUGCUGGUUGAGAUGACUGGCUGUGGUGUGGACUAUUCCUUUGAAGUUAUUGGACACACAGAUACUAUGGUAGCUGCCCUGGCAUCCUGCCACAUGGGCUCUGGCACCUGUGUGAUGGUUGGAGAACCUCCUUUAGGAUCACAGCUAUCCUUUGACCCUAUGCUGCUGAAAUCUGGAGUAAACAACUAGUGAUUUCAGUACUCAUCAUAUGUUUUUCCAGGUUGGAAGACCAAGGAUUCUAUCCCCAAAUUAGUGUCUGGUUAUAUGGAGAAGAAAUUUAACCCAGAUGUGCUAAUAACACACACUUUACCAUUUGAUAAAAUCAAUGAAGGAUUUGAAUUGUUACAGUCAGGAAAGAGCAUUCGCAGCAUCCUUCUCUAUUAAGGUUCCACUUCUCAGACCAGUGGGAUGGGAUUAUUCUGAUUCAAGACCUUUUUAUUAAAAUCAAUGAAAUGGUAAUUGUUGGAAAUCCAUCCUCCUAUGCCAAGUAUGUAGGCAUUCAUAAAGUAAAUGUUUUGUUAGGAUAAUGCAAGUUACACCAACAGAUCUAGAUUUCUAAAAGUAUCCCGGGGGGGGGUCAGUAAGAAAGAAUUAAGUUAGUUAGCAAGAGUCA